CUUUGGUGCUUGCACGUGUUUGUGUUUCCGCUUUCUUCCAUAUAUAAGUGUGUGUGUGAGAAGUUAAAAAGUGUAUUGCGACUGCACCUUAAUCCAAGAAGACCAAGACAAUCUUCAGAAGAUCUAUCUGUGACAAGGUUCUUAAGAGAGACAAGAUCUCCCUGGGAACUGUAUGUUAAAACACAGGCUGAAGGUUCUUUUGUCUGUUUGUGUCUCUGCGGUAGCCAAUCCACAUUACUGCAAAGUAGUGUGAAACACUCAUCUGUUGAUCAUGAAGUCGAGAGCUUUCUGUCUGCUGAUGCUCUGCUGUUUUAUCAAUGUCUGCAACCUUCAUCCUCUCAACAUUCGUCCUAGUAAUGGACUCCGUUUGUGCCGCAAAAAUUCAAGUUUAUCAGCGCUGGAGGUUCUACCAGGAGGAGGCUGGGAUAACCUGCGCAACAUAGACAUGGGUCGGGUGAUGAAUCUGAGUUAUUCCCAGUGUCAGACCACAGAAGACGGAGUCUAUCUCAUUCCAGAUGAAGUCUUUGUCAUUCCACAGAAAGUGAGCGGAGUGGAAACAAACUCUGAGAUCAUCAUGUCAUGGCUGGAACAAAAUAGCUUUUCUUCUAAAUCAAUCAAUGCAGAGGUUUCUUUCUUUUCGAUGCUCAAUGCCAAAUUUUCCACCGAAAGCCAGCGUAUGAAAACCCACCAAGUGAAAGACAGCUCUGUGACAGCACGAGUGCAAGUCCGUAACCAUCUGUACACAGUAAAGGCGUAUCCUGACUUCACUCUGGACUCCCGCUUUGCUCGACAGGCUGAGGAAAUCGCAGAUGCUAUUGAAAACAAUCAAACUCGUCAAGCAACAUAUCUGUCAGAGAAACUCAUUCUUGAUUAUGGCACCCAUGUCAUCACAAGUGUUGAUGCUGGUGCCACUUUGGUGCAAGAGGACUAUUUAAAAAUGUCUUAUGUCUCUAACAGUCAGUCAGACACGUCUUCUGUUUCUGCAUCCGCAGGAGUUAACUUUUUUGACAAGGUUAAAUUUGAUAUCGGUGGCAAUACAUCCCAAGGAACCUCUCAAACCAGUGGUUAUCAGGGUAAUAUCACAUAUUCGUUAAUUCAGAGCCAUGGAGGUGCUUUAUUCUACCCAGGCAUCACUCUGCAGAAGUGGCAAGAGAGUACACUUAAUAAUCUGGUGGCUAUUGACCGCUCCGGUCUGCCGAUUCACUAUUUUCUGAAUCCAACAACAUUCCCAGACCUCCCAGUACCAACAGUAAAUAAAAUAGCUUCAUCAGUUCGUAAUGCUGCAGAGCAAUACUAUAAAGUAAAUACCAUUCCAGGUUGUGUAAAUCCAGAUUCAAAAAAUUUCAACUUUCAAGCAAAUGUAGAUGAUGCAUCCUGCGAGGGUCCAGUCACCAAUCUUAGCUUUGGUGGCAUUUAUCAACGAUGCACUCCUCUGACAUCAGAUGGAAAUGCUAUUUGUGAUGAAACAGCACAGAAAAACCCAGCUACUGGUGAUUAUUCUUGUCCUCAGCAGUACACCACCACCCUGUUACGCUCUGAGACAGUAGAACGAGGUUAUAAUCAUUAUGAAUGCCACAGCCGCUGUCGUGAAUGUGGUUUCUUAUGGUUGUCUACUUGUUGUGACCAAACAUGUGGUGAUGCUUACCGUGUCCGUCGUGCAAAAGUUGAAACUUACUGGUGUUCCUCAACUCAGAAAGCCCCCGAGUACUCUGGAUAUCUGUUUGGAGGUCUAUUUAGACCAGGAAUGCAAAACCCAUUGACCAAAUCUAAUAGCUGUCCUCCAAACUACUUUGCCCAACACUUUUUGUCUAAUGGCAUGAUGGUUUGUAUGAGCAAUGAUUAUGAGGCCGGAACAAGAUUCUCUGUGCCUUUUGGUGGUUUCUUCAGCUGCCAAUCUGGCAACCCUCUUGCAAAGGGUCAAUCUCGCUGUCCACCUCAGUUCAGCCAACAUCUCGCUGCAGUUAGUGAUGGCUGUCAGAUAUUGUACUGUGUCCAGUCCGGUGUGUUCACUGGUGGCCAGUUAAUGCCUAUCCGCCUCCCACCAUUCACAAGACCACCCAUGGUCAGCAUGAUUGCAACAAACACUGUAGCUGUAAUGACAGAAGGUGAUCGUUCUUGGGUGAGGGUUGGAGAAACUAAGAUGUGGAGACUGGCAAAGCCUGGUGAAAUUAAUCAAAUGGCACCAAUGUUUGACACAUCAUCUUCUCAGAUGUCUGGGGGAGAAAAGGCUGGUGUAGCCAUUGGGGUAAUGGUCCUGGUUGCUCUUGUGAUUGCAGGAGCAGUGUUCAUGAAAAGGAGAAAGAGGUUUUCCGCCACCAGUUUGGUACAAGGGUACGAAGAGAUUCAUAGCGAGGGUGAAAACGAGAGCAUUGUAGAGAUUCAGAGAGAACCACCGAAUGAGAAUUCAAAUGAAAACCCCACUCAACCCUUACUAUCAUAAAAAUCUUUUUAAGAUAACUGUUCAGAGAUUUACAGUUAUGAUUUAUAAUGUUAUAAUGAAUAUAAUUAGACAGAAAUAGUUGGCAGCAGCAGUAACAUUUACAGCAGUUAUACUAGUUGUGAUAUCAAUCAUUAACCAUUCUUUAAAGGCAACUUUUUAAAUUAAAAUGUUUAACUAUUAAAACUAACAAUCCAAGCAAUGGAAGAAAUGUAUAUAUAAAACCUGAUUGUGGCGAGUGGGGCGGGGCCGAGAGGCGUGGGAACGAGGAGUGAGGCCAGGUGUAGUGAUUGGAGAUGAGCUACACCUGAGCCCCACCGCUAGUAUCGAGUCCCACGUAGGAGAUGGAAGGAUAUAAAACUGGAGUGACGACCGUGAAGGACGAGAGAGGACCAGGCCUGGGACAUUAUUUUAUGUGUUUGCUUUUAUUUGUGCGCGUCAGUCGCCGUGAGGGGCUGACGCGCUGUUGUGUUUAUUUUGGAUAUUAAAAUGAGUUUUGAUUGUGCGCCGGUUCCCGCCUCCUUCUUCCCGAUGAAUAUGGAGAUUUGUUUAUCAUUACACUGAUUUGUUUAAUUAAAAGGACAUAAAUGUAUAAACGUUCUGGGCUCUCAUGUAUAAACGUUGCGAAUGCACAAAAUAGGCAUAGAAAUGUGCGUACGCUGCUUUCCACACAUGUAUCCGGAUUUAUAAAAAAUAAACUUGGUGUAAAUA